GACUUUCUGGAUGUCAACGCACUUUGUGCUGGCUCCAUUGCUGCGAUCACCACCGGUGCAGCGGCCAUUGCGCCCUACGGCGCAGCAGUGCACGCGGCCUGCGCCAACAACCAUUUCUUGAAAACACCCAAGAGUCAAGAACAGCUUUCUGCAUUGUGGAAUUCCCCGGGCUAUGAUCCUGUGUCAGGCCUGAAACACCCUCGACGCUUGACGGAGGAGGAAGAGAUGGCUGCUAAGCAACCCUUGAAGGAAAGCUUGGCUCAGAUCGCAGCGAACCGUGACACUUUGGAGGAGCUGAAGAAGGUGACGGAUGUUCCCAAGCCGGGCAACACAGAGGCAGACAUGGAGACUCUCUUGAGCCUCAUGGGCGGCGAGGACAAGCCGCGUGCCGCCUGGCCAUUUGAAUGCUAG